AAUUAUUUCACUACCAUUUAACACAGGGUAAAGUCUACUAAAGUUUACGAUUAGUACCGGAAACUUUCGUUUUGCAGAAUAAGCUGAGAGUUUGUGAACUCGGCUUACUCACAACAUGGCAGAAAAUACUGGAGAAAAGCCAAGAGAACUGUUUCCAGAAAUUGAAGCGUUUGACACUGGGAGACUGAAAGUGUCUGAAAUACAUGAAAUCUAUUAUGAGCAGUCAGGGAAAAAAGACGGAAAACCUGUUGUGUUUGUCCACGGUGGUCCCGGGACUGGAACAAGUCCACGAGAAAGACGGUUCUUUGAUCCAGAUGUUUAUCGGAUUGUUUUGUUCGACCAAAGAGGAGCGGGAAAAUCUACCCCCGCUGCUGAACUGAAGGAAAACACAACCUGGGAUUUGGUUGCUGACAUGGAAAAGCUGCGAACUCGUCUUGGUAUUGAAAAGUGGGUCGUGUUUGGAGGAAGCUGGGGGUCGACUCUCUCACUGGCGUAUGCAGAAACUCACCCGGACCAUGUCACAGCACUCAUCGUACGAGGAAUCUUCACUGUCAGACAUCAAGAGUUGAAGUGGACUUACAAUGAUGGUGGUGUUUCUCUUGUUUUUCCUGAUACUUGGGAGUCGUUCUGGAAUUAUAUCCCACACGCUGAAAGACACUGUAUGGUUGGAGCAUUUUAUCGACGUCUGACAAGUGACGAUGAAGAAACAAGGAGGAACGCAGCGAGAGUGUGGAACAGAUGGGAACUUUCAGCAUGUCGACUUUAUCCAGAUAGCAAAUUCAUUAAGAAAGCUGAUGAUGAUCUUUGGUCUUUACAACAUGCAUGCAUUGAGUGCCACUACUUUAUAAAUGGCGGUUUCUUUGAGUCAGAUGAACAGCUGUUGGAUAAUGUGGACAAGAUCUGUCACAUUCCUGGUACGAUUAUACAGGGCCGCUACGAUAUGGUGUGUCCAGUUGAUACUGCGUGGAGACUGCACAAGAAGUGGCCUGAAGCAGAUUUUCACAUUGUCCCCGAUGCAGGACACACGGCUAGUGAACCUGGAAUUCAAACAUGUCUGCUGAAUGCCACGGACAAAUACAAACAUCUUUAAAGUUUGGACAAUCCAUAAAUAGAAUUGGCUAUCUACAAGACUGAAUAUAUACUCUUAACAAGAUUGAUUCUUUAAACAGUAUUGAAUGAGUAAUAUUUCUAAAGUGGCAUUAUGUACUAAAUCCUGUCUGUAGGAAAAUAUAUGAUAAAAUAUAAAAAGACUAUUUGCUGAUAACUGAGUAACCUAUGCAGUGCUUAUUAUGAUAGUUUUUGGAUUGUCGUGACUGAAAUCUAUUUUUGUCCUUUUUCUUUCAUGAAAAGCUUACAGUAACCUGCUGUUAUCCAAGACUACUCAGAAUAUUCCAGAUUUUGUGUUGAAUAUCUUCAUCUCUAGUAGUGGUAAUUUAUGAUGUUCCAAUGAUCAAUUAUAAUUUAAAAAAUUUAUCAGUUUGGCUCUACCAAUUUGAUGAUCGAUUGUCACUGAAAAUGUUAAUUGUAAUUGUUUCUACAGUUUAGGUGAUGGAAUUGGUUUAAAUAUGCCGAUGAUUGUGUUUGUAUUCAUGUGUAAAUACAGAAAACUGACACUAAAUAGAUAUUAAAGAUCAAAUGAGUGAUUUGUGCAGUCUGUCCAGAUUAACACGAUUAAGUGCAUGGUUCUAAUUAUUCAAAUCCGUCUUGAGUUCAUAUAAUUCUAACCGAUUAUAUAAUUGAAAGUUUAUUGGUUGGUGCAUAUUGAUUAUAACUGAUUAUCGAUGAUGAAAUAACAAUGGAUUCUAAAAACCAGUGGUAAUGGUUUUCAUCCUCAAAUUAUGGAUUAAAUGGUAGACAAGUAAUACAUAUUACUCCCCUCGUGUCUUGUGAUAUCAUAAUUUAUCAGCACAAGUUGAUAAAAGUAUUUUAUACUUUUAUCAACGAGUGCUGAUAAAUUAUGAUAUCACAAGACACCAGGGGAGUAUUCUUUUUAUCAUCCAUUAUCAUUCUUUUCAUUUGCGACAGUUGUAAACAAUGUCAGUAAUGUGGGUUGAAUGUCAGCAGUUGACUAGCAGAAUGGCAGUAGGUUUAGUGCUGAAACAAACACAGUGACAUAACAAAACAUUGUCAGCAAUAUCUCCUACAAAAGCCUUUAAUGGAUAAUAAAAAUUUUUUUUUUAACUUUAGCGAAUAAAUUUUGCCUUUUGUCAAAAUGAUUGUAAAAAGGUUCAAGUUAUUUGCUAAAAUAAGAAGUAAUAUACAUGUUUUUCCCUUUGCAUAUCUAGUGAUAAGAGUAAGACUGAUGUUUUGCCUUUGUAUAUCUGACGAUGAGAGAGGGCAGAAUUUAGCUCAGUCAUUGAGUGCUCACCUGAGAUGCUUGUGUCACAGGAUCGAACAACCUUGGUAGAUCCAUUCAAUGGAUGGGUUUUUAUCUCGUUCCAACCAGUGCACCACAACUGGU